AUGUAUCCUCAAAUCCAGACCGUGCAGACGCCUCCUCCAAGCCCGGACUCUUUACGCGCCACCGCUCUAGCUCCGGGACAGCGUUUGAUUGUUGUGUCGAACAGACUACCCGUCACCGUGGAGAGAAAUGACGCCAGGGGAUACAGUCUGAAGGAGUCGUCCGGGGGACUCGCGACAGGGAUGAGUGGUGUCAAACGCGAGUUCGAAAUGCUCUGGUACGGCUGGCCAGGCAUCGAGGUACCGUCGGAUGAGGAGUCUGAGAUCUCUCACGUGUUAAGGCAGAAACAUGGCGCAGUCCCAAUUUUCCUGCAAGACAGUAUAGCUGACGCUUAUUACAACGGGUUUUCAAAUUCGGCCCUUUGGCCUCUCCUCCACUAUCAACCUAACGCAUUUCAAUUCCAUCAAAGUGAAUGGAAGGCGUAUUGGGAAGUCAAUCAAAUUUUCGCUCAGAGACUUGCUGCCGAUGUUUCAGACGGAGACCUUGUCUGGAUUCACGAUUACCAUCUUAUGCUGCUACCCCGAAUGCUUUCGGAAGCAGCCAUGAAGUUAGGUAAAAGACUCACGAUUGGUUUCUUCUUGCACACACCCUUUCCCUGUGGAGAUAUGUUUAAAGUUCUCCCGGUAUGGGAUGUCAUCCUCGAAGGUCUUGUACAUUGCAAGAUGCUCGGUUUUCAUACCCUUCAAUACGCUCAAAACUUUGCUCGAACCUGCUGCGACGAUUUGAACUUUAAGCAGUUUCCUGAUGGCAUUGAGAGGUUGAACACUUUUGUCGGGCUUGGAGUGUAUCCCAUUGGGAUAGACGUACCCAAGUUCCUCGAGUGCAUGGAAAGCGAGUCUAUGAUGGAACAGGUUAGAGAGUUUCGAAGGAAGUACGAUGUCUGCAAACUCAUCAUUGGCGUCGACCGUCUUGACUACACCAAAGGGAUUCCGCAGAAGAUCAUGUCCUUUGAACGUUUCUUGGACCUCAACCCUCGAUUUAUAGGGCAGAUCAGUAUGAUCCAGGUCGCUGUCCCGAGCAGGGAGAGUGUGCAAGAAUACAAGGAGCUUGCGAAAGCUCUCUACUACCAGGUGGAGGCCUUGAACAAGAAAUACGGAUCCAACGACUACAAACCGGUUCACCUGCUACAACAAAGCGUGCCAUUUGAACAGCUGAUGACUAUGUAUGCUGCUUCAGACGUCUGCUUUGUCUCAUCUAUCCGCGACGGAAUGAAUCUCGUCUCCUACGAGUACGUGGCUACUCAGAGGGAUAGAAAAGGUGUCCUUCUCCUUUCAGAGUUUGCCGGUGCCGCCGGGCAGUUGCGAGGAAGUGUCACUUUCAAUCCCUGGGACAUCGAUGGCACGGCUGUUGCCUUAACUCGGGCAGUUACCAUGGGGCUAGAAGAACGCCGUGCCAAUCAGAAAAGAUCCGAGGAUUAUGUGCUUCGAAACUCCAGUGCGGUGUGGAGCAAGUCUUUCAUAUCAGAUCUCACAUCCCUAGGUUCCAGACUCUCAAUUCGUUGA